UUGAGAUUUCAUCUUUCAAACCAUACAAUUUAUCAAACUAUGUAUUUCCUUCUCGAUACCUCCCUUUUAUUGCAUUGUGUUGAGUCACCGUGGUGCUCGCAAUAAUUGUGACAAGGCAACAGGAAAAUUAACAAAUAACAAUGCAUCAAACAGCAAGUUUCAUUUUCAACAGUGUUCUUUUUCUAAACUGAUAUCAUCCUGUGAAACAGGUUUAACAUUGUUGAGAGGCGUACAGUUAUUCAACACUCAGAUUACUUCCUGGUCCCAAACACACCCACAACACGCAAAGGAUUUCUUUGGACAAGCACAUGGACGAUGUUUCUGAUAUAUGUUCUACUACUUGCCUCACUGCCGGACUCCUCACAAGAUUGUCACUGUCAGAAUGGAUGCACGAAUUUCCCUGGUUCUCCUUGCCCAGGAACAUUGUGCCAACCAGGCUGGUUUGGGAGUUACUGCCAAAGGCGCAACAUAGCACGUGGAAAGUUGACGUCGCAGAGCAGCGAAUUACAAGGAUAUGGUGGCCCCUUUCGAUCUGACAAAGCUGUCGAUGGCAACAAUGACCAAACGUUUGGGCAUGGAAGUUGUACGCACACAGGCGACACGACCUCCGCAGGAGCAUGGUGGCGUGUUGACAUUAAUACCACAUUGGAGAUUAGACGGAUGAGAAUAUAUCUCCGUAGUGACAGGACUGAUCGCAACGUGGGCCUUCAGGUGAAGGUUGGUGACAAACUGUGUUACUCAUUGUCUGGACAACAGACUCUUCUAAAUAUAGAGUGUGGCGAAGCUUUGAGUGGUUCAUCUGUAUCUAUACGUGUCACUGGAACUUUCCUGACACUAUGUGAGGUGCAGAUCUUCCAAUGCAGCGAUGGAUGGUUUGGAGAUGGCUGUGACAAGCAGUGCCAGUGUCAGGAUACAACUGAAGCGUGUAACAAGGAGACUGGACACUGUAGUAGUGGGUGUGCUGCUGGGAAACAAGGUCCAGGAUGCCAGCAAGAAUGCAACGAUGGUUGGUUUGGCUCUGACUGUAACAAACAGUGCCAAUGUCUCACUGCCUCUGAAGCGUGUAACAAGGAGACUGGCCACUGUAGUAGUUGGUGUGCUACUGGGAAACAAGGUCCAGGAUGCCAGCAAGAUUGUGGCCAACAUCAUUAUGGGGUCAACUGUUCCUCCACUUGUGGUCAGUGUAGCGGGACGUCGGACUGUAAGAAGGAUGAUGGAACAUGCACACAAGGAUGUCAACAGGGUUACAGCCCCCCAUUGUGUAAAAUGUGUGCAGUUCACUUCUAUGGACCGCCCUGCCAAGGAUGUGGACACUGUAAGGGCGAUUCCCCAUGUUCUGUGCUAAAUGGGACAUGUUUGACUGGCUGUAAACCUGGAUAUGGACCUCCACUGUGUAGCACAGCAUGUCCGGCUGGUUCCUACGGGUCGCCCUGCAGGGAGUGUGGACACUGUCAGGACAACACCAACUGCUCCAGGCAAGAUGGGACAUGUUCUACUGGGUGUGAGGCUGGAUAUCAACGCCCGCUGUGCCAUGAGAAGUGUGCAGACACAUUGUAUGGAGUGAACUGUUCGUCAAGUUGUGGCCAGUGUCGUACGUCAACAACUUGUCACCAUGUGAAUGGAAGCUGCCUUAAAGGGUGCAGCAAUGGUUUCAAAGGACCUUUGUGUAAAGAAUGUGCCCAUGGCUAUUAUGGUUCCAACUGUACUGCUUGUGGUCAAUGCAAGGGAGGCAACUGCAACUCACAAGAUGGAGAGUGCACUAAAGGAUGUCAGCCUGGCUAUGAAGCUCCAUUAUGUCAACAAGAGUGUGUCAACAACACCUAUGGAGAAAACUGCCAAUAUCCCUGUGGCAACUGUCUUAAUGGAACAUGUCAGCCCUCCAAUGGCUCAUGCAUUCUUGGGUGCGAGGAAGGCUACAAGGGUGAUUCCUGCAAACUGUCUACAAGCUCUCAAAGGGGCGACGGUUCCAUAUCCAGUUCUACCGUUGGGGCAGUGAGUGGAGCGGUAGUAGCUGUACUAGUGGCAGUGAUCCUCGUAGUCCUGUUGGUCGUCAUCAAGAGAAGACGUAAUAUGAAGUCUCAAGAAGAAGAAAAUACAAUUUCUCUCGGUAAAGUAAAAGGUGAGAAAGACGCUCCUGCUGCAGGUAAACCUGCGCCACCUUAUAAGCCUGCUAAGAAACCAAAGCCUCCUGCAGACAACGUGUACGAGAACUCGGAGCCAUACUACAACGUCGUCCCAGCUCCUGUGUCCCUGGACAGGCUCAAGCAGUACGUCAGGGACAGAGUGACGGGCGUGGGAUUCGAACACGAGUACAAGCUACUCCGUUACGGAAUACACGGAGCUCAUGUCGAAGGGAGAAAACCUGAAAAUAAAAAGAGGAACCGUUUCUUGGAACUAUUUCCAUAUGACGACAGUCGCGUUGUUCUGAUGCCAGAUGGUGAUGCCACAUGGGACUAUAUCCACGCCAGCUACAUAACUGGCUUCUCCGAAUCCAGUGUGUUCAUUGCUGCACAAGGACCAAACCCUGUCACUGUGAACGAUUUCUGGAGGAUGGUGUGGCAGGAAAACGUCUCGAUAAUCAUCAUGCUAACUAGAAUCAUGGAACUAAACAGGAAAAAGUGCGAACAAUACUGGCCUGACGAGAAAGAACAGAAGAUGUGUGGUCGCAUUGUUAUCAAGCCACUGUUGGCCACAGUCAGGGCGGACUUUACCAUCAGAAAAUACAGUGUUCACCAUUCUUCGAAACCCUCUGACAAGAGGACAGUGACGCAGCUUCACUUCACGUCCUGGCCUGACCAUGAUGUUCCUUCAGCGCCGGCUCUGGUCGGCUUCUGGAAGCAGUACAGGAGUCUGACGUCAUCAGAGGAGGACAUUACCGGACCUGUUGUAGUUCAUUGCAGCGCUGGCGUUGGACGUACGGGGACGUUCAUUGCUCUGGACAACCUCUUUGACGAAGCCGAGUCUCUGAACAAAGUAAACGUGUUCUCGUGUGUGUCCAAGAUGAGAGAGGCUAGGAUGAACAUGGUGCAGACUGUGGAGCAGUACCGCUUUGUUCAUGAUGUUCUCCUUGAAGCUCUUGGGAGCAGGGGGACUUUUUAUACCUCUGCUGAAUUUGAGAAAACAAUUGGAAGUGGUUUGACGUAUACCAGACACGAAGAGGCGGAGAUGAACAGGCAGUUUCAGUCACUCAAAGCGAUGCAGCAGGAUGUAGAUGAUAAUGCAGUGUCUGCAGCUCAACUCCCGGAGAACAGAAGCAAAAACAGGAAUCAAGACAUUGUACCAGCGAACAAUGUUCGCCCCUAUCUUUCCACUCCCGUGCCAGGCCAUAAUGACUACAUCAACGCAGUAGUGCUUCCAUCUGCCACACGUGCCCAAGGUAUAAUAGCAACCCAGACACCAGUGACACCGGCUGUUGUUGACUUUUGGAGACUGGUGUAUGAUCACGACUGUUUCGCCAUUGUCUGUCUCGAAGACGAUAAGUUAACCUUCCAGAGACUGUAUCCCAUGAUGGAUCAAGUGUUGGAGAUGGGACCUUUCCGAGUCACACACAGCACAGAGGACACUACAAGAGACAUCUUUACCAUCGUUCAGAUAACAGUAACUCUGAAUGAAGAGAUCGAUUCAAGUCGACUGAUCACAGUGUACAAGAUGAAAUCCCGCAUCCCUGGGAGCACGGAAGCUAUGCUGGAGUUCGUGAAUGAGAUCGCCACUAAGGGUACUUCCGAAGACCACAAGACGCUUGUGCAUUGUCCUGACGGUGCCCGACUGUGUGGAGUGUUCUGCAGCGUCCUCAACAUCAUCAGCAGACUCAGACUGGACAAGGAUGUGGACAUCUACCUGACCAUCCGGGAACUCCAGUGUAUCAGACACCAGUUCGUCCAGUCGUAUGAUCAGUACAAGUUCUGUUACGACAUGGUGAAGGAAUACCACAGAGCUUCCAGUGUCUACGCAAACAUGUAACACGGAUGGGUCGACAUGGAUCUUAACCAUAUUGUUUUUUGUUUCAGGUGCUAUUUAGUCAGUUCUUUAUCUCAGUAUAUUUCUAUUAUUGACAUGAUUAAAGUAAGGCAUGUGUUUUCAGCUGUGCAACUGUUAAAAUAUACAUCUUCAUCAUGUACCUGCAGGCAGACACGGACGUAUUUCAGAUGGGUGUAGUAUUUCCUGAUCACUCAAUUACAGUGAAGGGGAUCAAUGUUAUUUAAGGCCGCUUAGCAAUAUUCACGCUAUAUCACUAGGCCCUGUACAUGAUUGUAUCUGAACCAGACAAACCAUUGACAAUAGACACAAGCAAUGAUCCGAGAUAUCAGGGCACUAUGACAUGUUAUCAAACACGUUAUCGAUGUCGCAUGGGUCAAACAACACGGGCAAACAAAAUGGAAUAGUGUAACUAUUGCAUGCAAUAUAAGAAACCUUUGCAUGUAAUAUAAGAAAGUAUGACACAGCCAAGUUGUAAACUACGGGUGUUAUGUUGAACUAUAUGGCACGGACAAAAUCCGUGAUUGAUAUCAUGAGCAUAGAUCCACCCAAUUGGGAUCGAUGACAUGCAUCAACCAAGUCAGCAAGCCUAACUAUCCGAUCCCGUUAGUCGCCUUUUACGACAAGCAUAGUCACUAAAACGUGGACUGGUCGGCUCGAAAUCAUUUUACUGUCUCAGUGGGUUAGUCAUGUUAAAUUGCAGCAUGGUAUCUCAGUGGGCUAGUACUCUUCACGGGCUCUACCACUAGACCACGGAGGCGAUUUAUAAGUCUAUAUACUAUUACUCGUUUCAUCAUAUUGACAGAGGUUAUAUUGUAGAGCAAAUCUUUAAACUUCCUGGGUUAUUGUUAAAAGACAUAAAACGUUAACGUUUCUAGAAUGCACUUGGCUGACAAUGUUAUCAUACAUAGAUUAACCCAUGCAAUUCUGAUAUCACAGUUUGUAAGAGACACCAGUUAUAAUAGAGAGCAGUGUCAUGUUAUCUAACAUAAAUCUAAUUCAUCCUAUUAACUGAGAAUCGAAAUUGCAAAUGGAAAAGAUACGACGAUCCUUAUCCAAUAUGUCUGAAAAUUGAUCAUCAAAUUCAUUGACAUAUUUUGCAUUCUGAAUGGCGAUUGAUACGUUUUCAGACCAUUUAGAUAUCUCUUUAUUAAGUUCCACGUCCGACGUACAAAGUUUUUGUGUCGACAGUAGGAACUGCUCAUUGUUGUAAUGUCUAUCACAAAUACGGUGUCCACACACGACCAGAUUCAUAAAGUUGUUAUCGUACACCUUAUGCACAUUUAACAUGUUAUAAACCACACAUACAAUUCGUCAAACAUAUAUUCGUAAAGCAUGUUGUUUUCAAUGGUAACAUUAUUCUGUCGUAACUACACUUCCAUUUUCUUUCAUUGUUUCACAGCAAAAGUGUUCAUUCCAUGUAGUUAUUUUCUUGUUAUGCAAUUAUGCUCAUUUAAGCAAACAGACACGUUCAUCUUUAUAUUGUGAACAAUGUAUCAGCUUUUAGUUGUGCUAUUUAAAUAAAUGACCAUUUCAUUUGUCA